UUCCUUCAAAUCAGAUCCUUUUGCUGGAACAAGACAGUUGUGUGAAAACUCUGCAAGCAUAAACUUCAGUUCCUAAAGGUACUGUUGGAAUCCGAGGUUCCAAACCCUCAAUCAAACAAACUCUGCAACUAACUUUAAUGGCUUCUGGAGACUUCAUUAAUAAAUCCCUCUCAUUUCCUCCAUACCCAGAGAUGAUUUUGGAGGCAGUUGAGGCACUGAAUGACGGGAAUGGUUCGAAUAAAACAUCAAUUUCGAAGUACAUAGAAUCUAGGUACGGUGUGUUGCCUCCGGGCCACAAGGUACUGCUGAAUGUACACCUUGCAAAAAUGAGGGACACUGGGGUGCUUGACUUUUGGAAGAAUAACUACACCAAGUGUGACCCAAACGCGCCGCCGCGGCGUGGCCGUGGCAGGCCACCUAAGCCCAAGGAACUUCUGCCUCCGGACACUGUCCUGUCACCGCCCAGGCCCAGGGGCCGCCCCCCAAAGGGCCCAAGUGACAUGCAAAGGCCACCCAAAGCCACCGCUGGGAGUGGCAGACCCAGAGGCCGGCCUAGGAAGAUGGCGCGGCCAGCCGGAGGAUUUGGGGAAGCAUCGGCUUCCUCGUUGAAGCCCAGCGCGAGGCCCAGAGGAAGGCCUCCGAAAGUGAAGCCUGGAUUGAUAGAAAAUAAUGCUCAGUAGUGUAGUAAUAUUAAAGCCCAGAAGGGUUGCAUGGAUAGGGAUGUGUUGUUUCUGCAGAAAGUGGAACUGAAUAACUGUUGUGUGUUGACUAGAGGCUUUUGUGUGUACAACUGUGUAGUUAUUGAGACUUUGUUGGAUGUACAUUGUAAUUGUGAAAAUAGGACAAUUAAUGGGUAGACUUAAUGGAAUCAAUCUCUAAAAUUCUUCGUGUGAA